AUGCGGGGAGCCAUCGAGGACAAACGAUCGCCGGGAGGGAUCAGGGGUGGGGGAGGAGCCAUGGACGCCGCCGGCGGCGCCGGUCCCGGGAAGCGAGGAGACGCUUGCCUGGCCGAGAUUCAGAGGCUCGAGAAAAACAGGGCCAACAGGAGGAAUCGCAUGGAGAAAGCCAGGAAGGACCGGGUGGCGGAGGAGGCACGGAACAUCGCGAACGGUAACCCUGGCGACGUCGAUUUCAUGGGAAUGAUCCAGGCGUUCCGAGACCAGAGGGUCGGGACGUCCGUGGGGCACGCUCCCGCUCGCGAAGGGAUGAAGAUCUGCAUCGCCAUUCGGAAGCGACCGACCAAUUCCAAGGAGCGGGCAAGGAAGGACCACGACGCGGUCUCGUGCUUCAACCCCGAGGUCACCGUGCACGACUGCAAGCUGCGCGUGGACGGGAUCAGCAAGUACCUGGACAGCGUCGGGUUCCGGUUCGACCACGCCUUCGGGGAAGACGUGCCCAACCAGCUGACCGGCUCGGGGAAGACGUACACCAUGGUCGGCAUACAGAAAAACGCGACGAGUGACCUGUUCGACCAGCUGGGGCAGAUGCCGGGCGGAGGGUCCCUGAGCGUGCACGUCAGCUUCUUCGAGAUAUACGGCGGGCGGUGCCAGGACCUGCUCAACCACCGGCAUCGAUGCGUGGUGAGGGAGGACGGGAAGGGCGAGGUGGUGAUCGCGGGUUUGCAGGAGAAGGAGGCCAUGGACGCGGAGGGGCUGGAGGAGUUCAUCGCCGACGGCAACCGCAACCGCACCACGCACGCCACGGAAAGCAACGACCAGAGCUCCAGAUCUCACGCCAUCUGCCAGAUCUGCGUGCGAGACGUCUCGAACGGCCGCUUGUACGGCAAGCUUAGCCUCAUCGACCUGGCCGGGUCGGAGAGGGGGGCGGACACCAAGAGCCACAACCGCCAGCGGAGGAUGGAGGGCGCGGACAUCAACAAGUCUCUGCUGGCCCUCAAGGAGUGCAUCCGCGCCCUCGACAGCGACAGCGUGCACGUGCCCUACCGAGCCUCCAAGCUGACGCUGGUCCUCAAGGACAGCUUCACCCGCAAGGCGGCCCGCACCGUCAUGAUCGCCACUGUGUCGCCGGGGGCCUCCGCAGCCGACCACACCAUCAACACCCUGCGCUACGCGGACAGGGUGAAGGAGAACAAGGUGGAGCAGUUCAAGCCCGUGGCGAACGCCGGGCCCGCCGGGGCCGGGGGCGGGGGCGGCGGCCGCGCGUCCCCCAUCGACCACCCGCCACCCCCGCCUUCCUCGGUCUCACCCACGCCUUGCGCCGGCGGCGGUAGCGCUAGCGCUAGCGCUAGCGCUGGUGGGGCAGCGGGGUAUUCUUCGCAGUCGAAGGCGUUGGAGGGGCGACAGGCGGCUUCCGCUGGGGGCGGCGGCUGCGGCGGGGGGGGGUUGGGUGUGCAGCGCAACCCAUCCGAGUUUAAGUCGCCGUCCAGUCAUAAAGCCGGCGUUGGUGCUGGAGAGAUGGCCCCGGAUUCAUCCUCCCGCUGGGCGGCGGCUCAGGCUAAGGUCGGGCCGGGCGGCGGGGGUCCCUCUGCUUCGGCUUCUGGGUCUGGGCUGGCCAUCCCAGCGAAGAAAGUCCCCUCGUACGGAGGGGGCCGCUACCAGAGGGGAUCUUCGGCAUCGGAUGGGAAACGAUCGUCGUUGCUGCAGCGUCCGACGUCAGAGUACGCGCAGGAGACGAGCAACUUGCGAGGUCUCAGGGGGAAAGGGGUCGGAGGCGGCGGCGGCGGCGGGGGGAGGGCGGAGGCGCCGACCCCCGAGAUGGCCGGGGGAGGCGGCGGGAUGGAGAGCGCGGGGUCGGACACGGCUUCUGCCGCGUCGGACAUCAACUACAUGCACGAGUCCCUGCGGCAGUACCACCCGGAGGAGGGGUGUGACGAGGAAGGGGAAGGAGGGGUAGUGGAACUCCACCACACUGUCCAGUCCCUGUUCGAGGAAGAGGAGGCGCUGUUGAACCUGCACAUGAACAUCAUCCAGGAGAACGCGGAACUGCUGACGGAGGAAGGACGGCUGCUGCAGCAGAUACAGGGGGACGACGUGAUCGACUACGACAUCGACGCCUACGCCACCCGCCUCAGCGAGAUCCUCGACCGAAAGAUGACUCUCAUGUCGUCGCUCCAGAAACGCCUCCGAAACUUCAGGGGCCACCUCGAGGCGGAGGAGAAGGCGAGCGUCAAGGUUCGGGACCUGCACGUCCCUCAGUACUAACCGGUUUGCGAGGAAUAGGUGCCGGUUCGGGAGCUGCACGACCGUCACUGCUGCUAGCAGCUUACCGGUGUUGCGGCGGAAUAGACGCCUGUUCGGGAGCUGCACGUCCCUAAGUACUACGAACAGUUGACCGGUUUGCGGUGGAAUAGGUGCCGGUUCUGGAACUUCACGUCCCUCAAAACUAGCAGCUGCAGCUGACUGUGCGGCCGGUUCGCGGCGGAAUAGGUACCGAUUGGCGUGCGUGUGGGUUGUUUUCGGAGGCGAAACAGUAGUAUUUUCCUGUGCUACAUACGGUUAUGGGCUUAUGUUGGCCGGGGACUAGAGACGCAGCAGAGGCGAAAGCGGUGGUGCUCGGCGGGUUGUGCGAGCGAACCCUACCCGUCCACGGUCGCACAUCGGUGAUGCGUGAAGCGCUGCUGGGUUUUGCUCUUCCCAGGAAUGCCACUUCUUGUCGGCGGUCCUUUUUUUUCGAUGUAUGAUCUUCUGGAAGACUGGCUCCCCCCGGCGCCGCAGGGCACACGUCCUCCUUUUGUGGGGCGUAGGGUCAGUGGUGCCGGCACUAGCCAAGAAAGAGAGACGUCAGGCAACGCAGCCGCUGUAUCUACGGAAGCGCUUGUGUAGAAAUUUUCUCCUUGUUUUGUUCUUGGUGCGUCAACGUGGGGGAGGACCGGCGGCGGCGGCGGCGGUGGCCAAACGUCUGGCACUUCCCUGCGCCAAGUGCGUCCCCGCCCACCGCGUCUACCUUCGGCACGUACUCGUAAGCUUCUUGGAGGGGCUUGCUGUGUGUGUGUAUGUGUUUGUGUUUGCGACGUGACUUGCCUAUUUCGUGUGGCGUGUGCUCGGGCAGGAGGACAGAGUCAGCUGGCGCUUUUUUUUUUUUUUUCUUCGUCGGUUCCGAGCCUUUUUUCACACCGUUCCGUAUCGGCCGCAUGCAAGAGGGGGAGGCUGAAAGUGCGGCGGUUGCCGGCCGCCCCAGUGGAUGCGUUAGGUCAUUAUUGUUUGUUUGGAUUCGUUAGUAUAAAUGCCUGAUAACUUGACGUUAGUGGUUUCGACAAACUUGUCCUCGCCUGUGUCUCUGCUCACUUUUUGCGGCCGCAGUUGAGGGGGAGGUCUCUUGGAUGCAUGCACGACUGCCCGGUGCGGGGUGCUGAUGUCGUUGCUACCGCUGCUUGUUGUUACUACUGUUGUUGAUGAUGAUGAUGAUGAUGUUGAUGUUGUUCGAGCGUAUGCACCACGUUGGUUGACGUACGUUAUCAGCUGAAUCUAGUUAUUGUAUCUCUCUUCUUGCUGUUCUUUGCUCUUGUUGCGUGUGUGUGACCCGCUACUAUUGAGCGAUGUUCUGUAGUCGGCGUAGAGGAAGGGGCUGACAUGAGGCCGCGGAUUGGAUGUUUUUUGUUUUUGCGAGGGGGAGGAUGUGCUGUGCAUCACAGUAGUAGUGUUCUCCUGGCCCGGUGUGAACAAAUGCAGCGGAAAAUUCGAAACAACUGAUGCUCGGCGCGGUGGGGAGGCGUUGGAAAACGGGGGUUCUGGCAUGUCUACAGCUUAACGUUCUGUCAGGUAGUUUGUUUGGUUUUCGGUCUGACACACCUGUCGCGCGUGCAAGGUUUCUUAAAUUCUCCUCUAUCGAUUAUACACUAGUUUUAUCACAGUAGUAAAGAGAGAGACUGGACUUUACUGCUUUCGAUAGGUUUGUCCAGCUGGCUCUUAUCGCAGGCAUUGAACGCUUUGCAAUCAGAGCGGCUGUGGUUGUGCCUGCCCGGCUGCGCUGUUAUGCCUGCCAAAGUCCUAGUUUUUUCCCGCGCCGUUUUCGUUUCUGCGGCAGUCGUUGCGGAAAGUAUUCGCGAUCUAUCUCACCCCCUGCGGGUACGUUCGCUUGUGUCUCUGCCCUGUGCUUAUACCUCUUUUGGAACAGCAGCAGUGCUGUACCCGUUCCGCGUGGCAACAGACACGAGGGAGUGCUCCCAAGCGCAUAGACUUGUGAGCAAACCCUCGACCGUCAGAGUGAAAGCACCGCGCUGCUGCUGCUGCAUGCGGGCUUUUGGGUGGUGCUAUCGACGGGACCUGUGUAGUCGGUCUCGGCCUAGAAAGAAGUGCACCCUUUGGGCAUGAGUGUGAGUCUCUUGGACUGGUGUGGCUUUUGGGACACAGCAUUGCUUGGGACGACGGGUGCGUGGUGCGCAGGUUAAACGAUUUGUUGGGGUCACGGUUAAUGAUGGCCUCCGUCGCCAGAUUUUCUUGGGGGACUUCGACAGCACGUACGUGUGGUGGUUGAGAAGAAGGUCGAUUUUGUUUUUUGUUCAAGGUUCGCGAUGCGGAGUGACAAAUGUAUGAUGAUUUGGUGCUCGCUUGUCUCCAUCGCGCUCUCGCGUUGCUUGCGUGCAGCACGCGAGGUGUCGAUUGACGGGCGUCCCGGUUUUGUCUUUUGAGAACGCUCCUGCUCUUAACCUUUGUAAGGGUCUUGACCUUUUUUUUUCUUCUCUUGGGCUUGUUGUGGCUUUGGCGUCGCUUCUGCUGCUGCUGCUGCUGCUGCUGCUUUCGUUGCAUGUCGACAUGAAGAACCCUAUGAUU